UCUCUUUCUUCAGCCAACAACGUGGAAGGAAUGGCAUACUCAGUUUCAGAUGGAAACCUCGCGCAACCUGAGGGAUCCCUGGAACUUGCAGCUCAAGGGGAACCUGGAGAACAGCCUCCAUUGGAAAUGACUCUCCUUGGAAAUGGGGUUGCCAUCCCCAAAGAGAAGUGGGACAUCAUAUUUUCACAAGACGAGGACACCAUUUUCGUCAAGGAGCUUGCGGUAGCGGUGUGGGGUACUGAAGUGCUCAGCUGCAAGACCUUCUCAGGCAAGCUGUCGAAUCAUGCCAAAGCCAAAGGGAAGGUUGAGACGUUCCCAGCCCUAACACCAGAGAAAGUUCAAGCUGUUCACGGGGCCUUUCGACGAUUCCUCGUGGAAAAGAAGAACGUCCCAGAAGACAGCCUUCAGAAGAGACUGAAAAUGAUGAGAGUAUACCUGUCGCAAAAAAUGAGCGACCUUCGUCGACCUCCACGGCGAGCCUUGAACUUGUCACCUCACACAAUCCACUGGGGUCCAGUUGGUCCAGGCUGGGGUCCUGGUUGGACCACCAGCCGAUCAAGCCUGGUUGGACCACCAGCCCAUCACGUCUGGUGGGCUGUUGGAAGACGUGACAAUCCAGGGUACAAGAGUACCCAGGAGGAACUGACACUUACUACCGACGAUGUAGCUAUCAUCUGUACGGUGGUGGCACAUGUGGAGAGAGUGCUCGAGAUCAUGCUGCACUUCUGUGAAGUGCCGGGAGCAACAUUGAAAGUGGACAAGACGAAGGGCUGCUCGAUGGGUGAAUGA